CCCUGUCCCACGCUUUAUGACACCAGCACUGAGUCACAGAGGCCCCGCGGCGCUUGGCUGCUGCGUUGCUCUGACCCUUUGGGUGAAGUUUCCCCUGAGGGGGAAAGAUGGAAUUUCUGGGAACUACUCAGACAGCCAGUUACUGUGGCCCCAAGAAAGACUGUGGCUUGCAGGUGCUGCCCCCUGCUGGUCAGGCCCCUGUGGUACAGGAGUGCUACCAACCCUAUCACCUGCCUGGGUACCGCUACCAGAACGCAUGGAAACCCAGCGUCUUCUACAAGAUCGCCACCACCCAGACAUGCCCGGAGGAAUGCCAAGCCACGCGGCGUCCGCCCACCAUCCUGCCCUCGCUCCGCUCCGCGCUCUUCUGUCGCUACACUCCACGCGACUGGGACCGCUCCAACGAGCUGCAGAUCAGAAGCGCAGAGGCCUCGCGGCUCUGGGCCAGUCGGCUGACUGGAGACUCCCUGAGGAUCAUGCAGGAUAAGGACCAGCUGACUCACCAGAUGCAGGAGGGGACCUCAAGGAACCUGAGCCAGAGGCUGUCCGACAUCGGCUUCUGGAAGUCCGAGUUGAGCUAUGAGCUGGACAGGCUUCUGAUCGAGAACAACAACAUGGACACCAUCAAGAGGCGCUUGGAGUGCGCCGCUGAGGAGGUGAACUGUCCCCUGCAGGUGGCCCUGGAGUGUCUGUACAAUCGGGAGAAGAGGAUUGGCAUUGACCUGGUCCAUGACAACGUGGAGAAAAACCUUAUUCAAGAAGUAGAUUUAUUAAAAUGUUGCCAGGAUCAGAUGAGAAAAUUAGCUAAACGAAUCGAUUUCCAGAUACGUGAUAACCGAGAUGCCCAACAUGCCCUAGAGCGAGACAUCGAGGACAAGAGCUCGACACAAUGUAUCGAUGAGAAGUGUUUUAACCUAAGAAACACAUCCGACAGCAUCUGCUUCUUCUAUGGCAUGGAGAAGUUUGACGGAAUGGUCUCUGUCCCUGAAACCUGGUCCAAAUUCAGCAAUGACAACAUCCGGCACUCUCAGAACAUGCGAGCCAACUCCAUCCGCCUGCGAGAGGAGGCAGAUCACCUGUUCGAGACCUUGUCAGACCAGAUGUGGAGGCAGUUCACCAACACCAACCUGGCCUUCAAUGCUCGCAUCUCUGAGGAGACAGAUGUGAAGAACAAGCUGCAGACACAGCUGGCUAAGAUACUGCAGGAGAUCUUCCAGGCAGAGAAUACCAUCAUGUUGCUGGAGAAAGCCAUCACGGCCAAGGAGUGUCCCCUGAAGGUGGCCCAGACCAGGCUGGCAUGCAGGACUCGGCGGCCCAACGUGGAGCUCUGCAGGGACAUACCACAGUUCAAGAUGGUGAACGAAGUCUUCACCAUAGACGACACCCUACAGACGCUCAAGAUGAGGCUUCGGGAGACGCAAAACACGCUGCAGCUGCUGGUGAUGACCAAGUCCCGACUGGAGCACGAGCUGGCCAUCAAGGCCAAUACCUUAUGCAUCGACAAGGAGAAGUGCAUGCGCAUGCGCAAGACCUUCCCCAGCACGCCCCGCCUGGUGGGCUUCACCUGCUCUGGCCUCUACUCAAGCCCGUGCUCCAGCCUAGUCCCCUGUGUUAACCCCGGCUCCUGCGGCGGAUCCCCCGCCUGCAACGUCUCAGCGCCUCAUGGAGGCCCCGCCCCCUGCAGCGGCCCCGCCUCUUGUGGAGGCUCUGUCUCCUGCGGAGGUUCCGGCCCUUGUGGCGGGACCCAGCUUGGUUCCCACUCUGUGGCUUGUUCCUGCCCUAGCUCCCGCUUUGCGCCGGUGUGUUGAAUGGCAUAACGUUGGAAAAGGCUGAAAAGAAAAUAAAAGAGUCGUUUUCUCUCUUUUCUGUC